AUGAAAAUCCCCGUCAGCCUCAUCACAACUCUCAUAAACUCAGCCUCAGCCACCCUCGUAACGUACUACCAAAUCCAGCCCGCAGGCACCACCGACACCCUGCAUGCGACCGGGGAUCUCCGCUUCUACCAAGCCAACGACUACCUCAACGUAUGGGCCAUCAACCCCGUCGACGGCGGCGCCACCAUCAAGAACGCCUUCACCAAUAUCAAUUCGUAUAUCAGCUGUGAUGACACGUCGUGCACGUCUGUUGCUCAGCAGCCGACAACCUUCACAUUUGAGGACGCUGGUGAGGGGGCAUAUAGGGUCUGCAACCCUGCGGAUGGACUUGUUUGGACCGCUGCGGACUCCACCAUCAAACCCGCCCCGGCCGAUGGCAGCCCAGCGCAGAAGUUUUUGUUUCAGCCGGUGCAGAUGACUGUGCCUCCUUAUUGA